AUGAUGCAAGAAGCCCAACGGUCCUCAACAUCUGUCCCUGCCGGGUUGGAUGUCAAUCUAAUCGAAGGCGGUGGCGCAUUUGGGACAUUCCCCGUAUCGUUGGACCAGAAUAGGUACACAAAUCUCAGCGCCGCGGCCGGAGACACCGCGCACAGAAGCCUUGAGCACAUUGCCUUCAGUGGCCUGGAUGGGCGCGCAAUCCGCAAUCCGCCGACUGUGAAGAGUGAGGACGAGCCCAUUACCCCGGAGGCUGAAGAUCUGUUGGUUCUACAUGGCAGCGCAACCAGCUACGCAUACGAGCCACCCCGGCAUGGUCUGGUGCAUUCAGCUUACACAUACGACGAUGUGACCGACCCGGAUGAGGUCCCAGAGAGUCUUCAUCUGCUGUCCGAGUACCCCAACUCCACCUGCGCCUGGACCAACUCGGAUAUGGGAAGUAGUGAAAUCAACUUCUAG